AUGAACAAUCUGGUGAAUUCUUCGACCUUAACUUCGCCCCUCACUUUGGAAGGCUUCAUUGUACCCGAGGAGUCACGUGCCCCUCUUUUUAUUAUUACAUUUUUUAUCUAUAUUAUUAUUUUUGUUGAAAAUGUAAUCAUCUUGUUUGUUAUUAUUUCUCACAGGAGCUUACAUGCGCCAAUGUAUUUAAUGUUAUGCAAUAUGACUGUCUGUGAUUUGAUUGGAAGCACCGCUUUAAUGCCUAGAUUGAUGUCGGAUUUCUUGCGAGACGUGAGACUUAUCUCAUUUGAAGCUUGCAUAAUUCAGGCAUUUUGCAUCCAUAUGUACUCCACUACUGCUCAGUUCAUCUUAGUAGUGAUGGCUUUUGACAGAUAUAUUGCUAUAUGUAGACCUUUACGUUACAACGCCAUCAUGACAACCAAAACUACUGCAAAACUUUGUUCUCUUGCAUGGGGCGGUGCGUUUGUCUUAAUUGUAAUUUUACUCGCGCUUACAAUACGCCUCCCAAGAUGUAAAUCAUUAGUAGUUCAUGCAUAUUGUUUCAACGGAGCUCUGUUUGUUCUGUCAUGUGCUGACACAACCAUCAAUAACAUUUAUGGUCUAUUUGUUUCUUACUUUAUAACUGGCUUAUCUUUAUCGGUCAUGGCCUGGACUUACGCCAAGAUACUAAUUGCAUGUUUAUUCCAAAGUCAGCAUAACUGUAAAACUAAAGCUAUUCACACGUGCGCCACUCAUUUAGUAAGUUAUAUUGUAUUUGAAAUUACAAUUUUAUUUGCUGUGAUGGCUCUAAGAUUUCCAAAUAUCACUCCUAAUGCAACAAAAGCAAUGGGCACGUUAACCAUAACAAUACCACCUUGUCUCAACCCAGUUAUUUACGGUAUAAACACAAAAGAAAUCCGUAAUAAUAUUUUGAAAAUUUUCAAAAAUAAAAUAAUGUCAAAUAAUAAAUAGCAUUGAAACAAUGCAAAGAUUUUUAAAUUGCUUGCCUUUGAUAAAUGCCAAGUUUGUCCAUAUCUAGGGAUGACAUGUCUAAAACAGGAAUAGUUCCUCUGUAUAAGGGACUCUCCGUACUAAACCUCUAAUACUGUGUGUGAGCAGGGGAAGAAUAAAAUAUUAGGUUAUGCCCAUGCACGCAGAACAUUGCACAUCACGAAAAUGUUAAUGCAGUUACGGUAAUUUUGAUAUUUGUACAGCUCGCCUG